AUGCAUGCGCCCCUUUCCAGCCCGGUCGGUCUCAAAGAAGCCGCUCUCGACUCGCCCACCUUUCGUGCCACCACCCUUUAUUUCUCCGAUCAGAUCGAUUUCAUAGAGAAAUGGCUCGACGGAUAUGCCAAAGCUGCAACCAAGCUCUCCUACGAGCUGACCGCUAUGGAGAGUGUAGUGAACAACUUUCUUUCCUACUCGACACAUCCCCUCGUGGUCUCGGAAGCGGUCGUUGACCAUGAUUACACACUUUUGGCUAUGAGGAGAUGUGGUGAGGGGUCUAAAGAUCUUUGGAGUGGACUCAUCGCAACAACCAGAAAGUUGGAGUCGUUGAUUUCCGAACCUAUUCGAGAUUUCAUUCAAGAGGAUCUGCGGCAGUUCAAGGAAAUUCGCCGCAACCUCGAGCAAUCACAGAAACAGUACGAUUACCUCCAAGCUCGAUAUGCCUCUCAGUCGAAGUCCAAGGAGGCCUCGGCCCUGAGAGAAGAAGCAUUUCAGCUGCACGAAGCCCACAAGGCCUACCUGAAAGCAUCAAUGGACUAUUCAGUACAGGGUCCUCAGGUACGAAAUGCACUGGACCGACUUCUGGUCAAAAUCUCCUGCGAUCAAUGGCGGGAAUUCCGGGGAUUUCACAAUCACAACAGCGGGACCUUCUCGAAAUGGUCCCGUGAGAUGGAUCGUAUUAAGGGUUGGGUUAAUGAGAUGGAAGGCAGUGAGAAAUCAUCCAAACGAGAGCUGCUAUCCACCCGGAAGCUCAUUGAGGAAGCCGCGGAGUUUGCGGCUCGACCGUCUCGUGAACUGGAGGACUACAAUAUUUCGACCGUUCCGUACCUUGGCUCUCGUCCUAUUUCGGCACUUAAUGUGAGCAAAGAGAUGAGACCAGAGAAGCAAGGAUGGUUGUAUUUGCGCACAAUGUCAGGAAAGCCUACUCGCACAAUUUGGGUCAAACGGUGGGCUUUUCUCAAGCACGGCAUAUUUGGGUGUCUUGUACAGGGCUCUCGUACUGGCGGUGUUGAAGAGAGUGAAAGAAUUGGUGUAUUGCUUUGCAGUAUCCGUCCCGCAUCACAGGAGGAACGCCGGUUCUGCUUCCAAGUGAAGACCAAGAACAAUACCAUUCUACUUCAGGCAGAUAACCAGAAGGAGCUGAUGGAAUGGAUUGGUGCCUUCGAGGCGGCCAAACAAAAAGCACUGGAGAACCCCGCAAGCACUGAUCUCUCGGUUUCUGGAAAAGUCACAGUUCAAGACCCUGCAUUUUCAAUUUCUCAACCCCCGGCUGCGGAGUUCGCUGCGGAUCCUGCUGACUCUCUUACCCCUCAUACGAACGAUGAGUCCGGAGCGGGGGAUCGCAGUAUGACGCUUCCUGUUCCAGACCGUGAUGGAUAUACUAUGAGAAAUAGUACCGAUAUUGGAAGCAGCAGAAGACCAACAGGCUUCGAUAGUGAGAGCUCUGCAAGAGAACAUGCAAGAGAGCAUACCUCUAGACUCAUCCAAAAGUUGGAUCUUCACCGCAAAUCGAACAAUGCGGCUCCACUAUCUCCUUCCGUCCCCGGCCCUGCAGGUGGAAUAGCCAGUCUCAUCUCUGCCAGCCACAAUAUUCUCCCUUACAGCAACGCCGGUCCACUCAACGCCAAUGUCGAUGGCACUCGAGGUCGCAGUUUAAGCAACGUGGAUGAUCCUGGCUCAAGUCUUGCACCUGCCACGCUCGCCAAUCCCCCGGCACCCACAAGCAUGAGCAAGGCGGCAGUGGUUGUGAGCAAUGAAAGAGGUAUUGGGAUAGGCGUCUCUGAUAGCACGGGUGGUAUGCCUAGUGGUAUGAUGGCGAACGUGUGGGGUAGCUCUAACUGGGGUUUCAUGAACAAGCUUCGACGGGACCAACACCAGAUUGAUGGAGUAUCUGAUGGGCCGUCUACAUUGGGUGAUGGCUCAACACACACGAUUGCUGCACAACCCGAUGCAGCGGGUGCUUUAGUGGCACCCCGACAGCAAUCAGGUCCACGCCACAGGCAGACAGUAAGCCUUGAUGGGGACGAUGUUAAGCUCACGCAAGUUGCACUGGGUAUCGGGUAUGAAUAUCCCAGCUACUACCCUCAACAAUUGAGGAUUCAAGAUGCUCAGUUCAGAUUGCUUUUCCCAGACGUCAAGAGAGUGGAAGCAUUGGUCUUGGUGUUCAGAGCCACCUGGAGCCCUAACAACCAGCAAGAAUUCCCCGGACGAGCUUAUGUCACAACAAGGAACAUCUACUUUUAUAGCCAUCAUUUCGGACUGGUUUUGACUACCGGUGUGUCUUUGGAGAGCAUUAAGGAGGUAACUGCAGCUCCUGGGCGAGACUGUGACUUCCUUUUCCUUCAUACUAUUCCACCCCUCGGCAGUGAUACUCCUGGCCGGGUUACGAUCAAAACUUUCCUUGAACCUCUCCGACUGCUUCAAAAACGACUCAACUUCUUGAUCCAAUGCUCCAUUGCCGUCGAGCAAUUGAGUUUAGAAUCUUUGAUCAAAGCACUGAUCAAGAUGGACACUGAGUCUUCAGCCCGAACUUCCAGUGCAGAUAGCUGGGAUGAUCUUUCAUCCGGACUCGCAGGCAUCAAACAUGACGGGGGCAAAACUACAGACCUGGGCCAUGCGAAGGACAUUCGACUGCCUAUUUACGUUGACAAAGAUCUUGAGCUGGAUGGAGGCAGGACUGCCCGUGGUCGGGAUAUUGCUAAAUUCAGACUUCCAACACAACCCGUGGAGUAUGUUCCACAAGGCGAUCUUGUCUUGGUGACCGAAAAAAUUCUCGAUAUAAGCCCUAAAGCUUUGUUCCAUAUAUUAUUUGGCGACAAAAGCGCCGUGUGGCAGCUUCUUUUACACGAGAGGAAAGCUCUAGAGAUCCAACAAGGCCCAUGGGCUAGUACGGACUUGCGGCAUCUGAAGCGUGACUUCCACUACAAUAUCGCCACGACAGAUAUCCUUGGUCGUACUCAUGAAAAUGCGAUAUCGGAUUAUCAGAUCAUUGAUGUUCUCAACGACCAUCUGUGCUACGUGAUCACAGAUAAAAAGACUCCGUGGCAUCUCCCCUUCCGACGUUCGUUCCGGUUGGUUACCAAGGUUGUCAUUACAUUCCAGGCCAAGUCGAAGAGCAAGCUUGCUAUUUAUACGAAAGUCGAGUGGCUGUGGUCUCCCUACGGCCUCAAAAACGUGAUCGACAAAAAAGCAAGUGAAGAUCUAGAACAAGACUCCUUGGAUCUUGUCGACCUAGUCAGUGACCAAGUACGUCGAUUGGGUGCACACAGUCGCACCAAAAAAGCCAUCACGAUCUUCGGCCAUGUUGGACGCCAAAACAACGUCUCCCAAUUUAGUGGCGCUGGUUCCAACCUGAAGCUGGAACCCCGCAAGCCCCGAACACAGCGUGCUAUGCACGACCUUCUUUUCGAGACCUUCUUGUCAUUCCUCGAAACGAGUGUUUCCUUCAUAAUGGUGUGGGCGUUUGACGUAGUUUGCUGGUCUUGGAAGACCAUGAGUGCUCACAAGAUCAUCCUGACCAUGUUGGCUACAAGUGCCAUUUUGAAUGGAUACUAUUCUUCGCGGGAUAGUUGGGACUGGUGGCACGAGAGACAUGCAGGCAACUUCAUGGCACGGCUGGGUGUACAGCCAAACCUCGUUAUGAGCAAAUCUAUCUACAUGCGGGAUAUUGAUGACGCGGUUGCAAACUCCACAAUUUGGCCCGGCGCCGGCAAUGCCAGUGAUUGCUUUGCUACCUUCCACGAGCAGACCAUGCGGUAUGUCGAUAUGCCUCUGUCGCUCAGUCCAUCCGGACCCCGGGAUGCAUUGACCAAGAGCGCCAUCAAACGCUUCCAGCAAACUCGUGAGCGUCUUGGCAUGUAUCGACACAACCUUCUUGUCGCAUUGCGUGUCGUGAACAGUAUUGAGAAAGAGGUCGUCCAGACGGAAUGGGAGCGUUGGCUGCGCGAGGAAGUCCGGCGCUGUCGCCAGGUCGAGGUUCUCCUUGGCGGAGAGGCCACUCCGGGCGACGACUCGCAGACGGGCCGAACGACCAAAGCUGAGCGUGUCUUUGCCGAGCAUGCUGACAACGUCAAGCAGUGGCAUGAGGAGUACUGCUCGAGUUGUCGAAUGGAGCAAGAACAUGUCAUAUCCAAUGAUCGUGACCUAAUUCCUUGA